AAUGCAUCCAGGCACAAUAUGACACCACGCACACGAACGAGCAACAGAGAUGCAGAUUAUAAAGUCUACUAUUCGAAGAAAGUACCUCAGCAAGUCCGCUUUCCUCACAGGAGGAAGACGGUGCGCAGACCAGAGCCAGCAGAGCAAGAUGUGGGCAAGAAGAGGCAGAUGACAUUUCUGCCAGAGAAGAUGAAGCAACGAAAGAUCAAGGACGGGGAUAAUUCGGAGGAAACUGAGACAGACGAAGAGCACACAGCGCAGGACGCGGCGGCUGAUGAGGCUAUGGCAAGCACGCCACAGAAUAGAAGCGCGAAUAAGAAGCGAAAGGAAAGCGACAUCCACGAGGAGUAUGGAGAAUCCGCGUCGAUGUCGGUCAAGCGCCGAAUACGAACGACAGCGCCGAAAGAAGAGCGUAGUCGCACCCUUCGACGGCAGUCUACAAUGACACAAAUCGCAGACGGAAGGAGACCAUCGACAACCGCCGACGAACCCGACUUUAAGCCUGUAAGGCGACGUUCCCGAGCCAGUUGGGGUGGAAUGGGUAACACAGAGAGGGACAAAAAGCAGCGAACGCUUACACAGAUGGUACCUGGUAUGGGACGCUUGAGUAAGGAAGAGCUCGAGGAGCUGAGCAGUCUGGAUGCGGACCUGGAGGACGAUGAUACAAACAAUAAUACGGUUUCGCAAACGCUCAUCGAGCAAGGCCUGCUUACGAUCAACCCGCCCAUCCGCACGCCUUCGUCUGUUCAGCGUUCUGGUGACGUCGAGAACAAUCAAGUUCAAGUUCAAGUUCAAGUUCAAGAGGAAACAGAGCACGGCGUGCUGGCUGCAUUACGCCCCGGAUCACCUGUCAUCGUACAGUCUGUGGAGAUGACUGAAGGUGUUGAUGAGCAAGACUAUCAGCCUACUCGGUUCAUCGAAGCACUAACUCUCGGCACCAGACAGUCCACACGAAGGACACCAGCACAGCAACCAUCCAAAAAAGUAGGUGAGCGCCGAGGGUCCGUAAAACCAAGGUUCAGUCUUCUCUCGACUCCCGAGAAACGCAGAGUUUUUGAGAUACCAUCAUCGCAAUCUCCAGUCGAGUCCAUCCUAUCUACUCAAGUCUCUCCCCAGAAGCCUAAAACGUCUGCUUUGCGAGAGGAAACGAGUGUUACGACCAUAGUUGCAGAGACACCAUCGAAGCGCAGGCAAGUUGUCUUCCAGGAGCCCACCAUCUCACCUGCACCGCCUGCCUAUUUGAGGAAGUUUGCGAGUACUAUACAAGAUUCUGAAGACGAGGACGAGAGCGACCUUGAGUACGAAGUGGCUGAGCAGGAUCAGAUGAGCAUAUCAGAUCAUGAAUAUAUUGGCGCAGAGACGCAAGCAAUACUCCAUAGCAUUGACUUAGCGUGCGCGCAUGAGAGUGGAAAUAUCUCUUCAGAUGAGCCAGAGUCUUCCGAAGAGGUAGAGGAGGCCACUGUCCGACAAGUUCCGUACAAACCUUCACCUGAACUUGGAGAAUCCUGGGCGCCUGUUAUGUACGACGACAGCGGACCGGGAUUCGAAUCAUAUCAAUCUUCGCGGCUAGGCACCAAAUCGCAAUUGCCUCAAGACGCGAAUACAUCGAAAGAGUCACUUCCAGUUAUUGAUCAAACUCACUACAUCAGCCAACUAGAUUUGAUCAGAGGUACUCAGGCGCCCACACAGACUGGCGAUUUCCCUAGCACACCACCAAUAAGGCACCACCCAGAUGAAGAUCUCCCAUCAACACCAAUGGAGCUCAUGGACGAAUCUUCUGACGACGAGGAAGCUGUAGCAGGGCCAAGCCGACGACGCACACUGCAGCGCAAGAUACUAGAGCCACCAUCGACCCUGAUCCACCAAUCGACAGACCUCGACGGCGAACCUGUGCAAGUCCCUCGCUCCCCAACCACAGACCGUGAAACACAGCAGUCCCACUCAAGCAAAGCCGAACAACAACUCCAGAACGAGUGGCUAUCAUACUCUCAAUACGUCCAUGCCCGUCCACCACACUCGUCAAGCAUGCACGCCGCAGCAGAUUCACUCAGCUACAACGCCACAUCUCGACUCCCAAAGACAGAAGUGUUGUCCUCACCAACACGCAUCCAGCACAGCCAGGCUACAACGGUCGACGAGACGACGCCAAAGAAGAACCGCACACAGCGUAUGGUCAGUGCGAACACAACGCCACACAGAUCUUCGAAGUCGCAGCCACUCAUUUCACCAGAGAGGCCGCCUUCGCUGUUCAUACCGAGCAGCUUCCCCAGCCCAUCGAGGACAGCUAUGGGGGAGUGGAGUAGUCCAAUCGCGGCGAGGACGCAGAACUUUCUUGGGAGCAGUCAGGCUCUGGGCAGCCUGGAGAACUUCAGUAUUCCACCGCCACCGCCGAUGGAGUAUGACUGAAGAGCCUGUCGCCCGUGGACAGCUCGUAUGUAGAUUACUGUCCGUCGUUGUGUGGAUAGUCAUGCGAAGGCGCGUCUUGAAUACAUACAUCGUACCAACACUACACUCCUUGAUCAGACCCUUUUUCCAUAUUCAUUGUUCUUCAACAGCAAAAAGACAGCAACUGCCAGCCCCACUUAGCAACCGACCAGCAGCACAAACCGGCAAAAAAUGGACGCUGUGGGAAUUGAACCCACGACCUUUCACAAGUACGUAUCGUAAGAUGCGAAGCGAAAAUCAUACCCCUAGACCAAGCGCCCUUAUUGGUUGAUGUGUGCUUUGCCGGAUGAAACACUUAUAAAGCUAUAUAUUGACGGUUGAUAAGAAGAGGGAUCAGUGGAUGUGUUGAGCGGCACUAGGUGUUCGUUUGUUGG